AUGGCUAAUGCCCCGGGACGUCCGAGUAAAGCUUGCGAUGUCUGUAAAAAGCAAAAGUCGAGGGAUUUAGUCCCAGCUGUGCUGUCAGGUAAUAUCAACGCCGAGUCUGUAUCAAACCAUGCUUUCUUCCAGGGCAUCGCCCCGUCUUUGGUCAAUACCCUGGUUGAACUAUACUUUGACAAUGUCUAUCAAUCGACUCUUCUCUUACACAAGGCCACAUUCCUGCAAUCACUUACCGAGCAGGCCGUCAAGCCUCAUAUUCUUCUUAGCAUCUGCGCCUGGGGCGCCAAGUAA